AUGAAUGGCAUUUCAGUACAGACAGAUGUUGAUGAAGUUUGGUUGAAGUUUGUAGUCAAAGAAUGCCCGAUUCCCAAGCCAGAUUUCCAAGCCAGAUUUCCAAGCCCGAUUCCCAAGCCAGAUUUCCCAAGCCAGAUUUCCAAGCCAGAUUUCCAAGCCAGAUUUUUUCCAAGCCAGAUUUCCAAGCCAGAUUUCCAAGCCAGAUUUCCUUCCAAGCCAGAUUUCCCAAGCCAGAUUUCCAAGCCAGAUUCCCAAGCCCGAAAGCCAAUUCCCAAGCCAGAUUUCCAAGCCAGAUUCCCAAGUCAGAUUUCCCAAGCCAGAUUUCCAAGCCAGAUUCCCAAGCACAAUAUCCAAGCCAGAUUCCAGCCAGAUUCCCAAGCCAGACUCUCAAGCCAGAUUUCCAAGCCAGAUUUCCAAGCCAGAUUCUCGAAGGCAGAUUCCCAAGCCAGAUUUCCAAGCCAGAUUUCCAAGCCAGAUUCCCAAGCACAAAUCCAAGCCAGAUUUCCAAGUCAGAUUUCCAGCCAGAUAUCAAGCCCGAUUCCAAGCCCAAAUCCAAGCCAGAUCCCAAGCCCGAUUUCCGAAGGCAGAUCCCAAGCCAGAUUUCCAAGCCCGAUUUCUAAGAUUCCCAAGCCAGAUCCCAGCACAAUAUCCAAGCCAGAUUUCCAAGUCAGAUUUCCAAGCCAGAUAUCCAAGCCCGAUUUCCAAGCCCAAUAUCCAAGCCAGAUUUCAAGUCCCAAUAUCCAAGCCAGAUUUCCCAAGCACAUAUCCAAGCCAGAUUUUCCAAGCCCGAUUCCCAGACCGAUUCCCAAGCCAGAUUUCCAAGCCCGAUUCUCGAAGGCAGAUUUCCAAAGCCCGAUUCCCAAGCACAAUACCAAGCCAGAUUUCCAAGCCAGAUUUCCAAGCCCGAUUCCCCAGAAUUCCCAAGCCAGAUUUCCAAGCCCGAUUUCCGAAGGCCAGAUUUCCAAGCCCGAUUUCCCAAGCCACAAUAUCCAAGCCAGAUUUUCCCAAGCCAAUUUCCAGCCCAGGCCAGAUUCCAAGCCCGAUUCCCAAGCCCCAAUAUUCCAAGCCAGAUUUCCAAGCCAGAUUCCCAAGCCCGAUUUCCAAGCCCGAUUUCCAAGCCAGAUUCCCAAGAUUCCCAGAUUCCAAGCCAGAUUCCCAGAUCCCAAGCCAGAUUUCCAAGCCCGAUUCCUCGAAGGCAGAUUUCCAAACCCGAUUCCCAAGCACAUCCCAGCCAGAUUCCAAGCCAGAUUCCCAAGCCAGAUUUCCCAAGCCAGAUUCCCAAGCCAGAUCAAGCCCGAUUCCCCAAGCCCAAUAUCCAAGCCAGAUUUCCAAGCCAGAUUUCCCAAGCCCGAUUUCCAAGCCAGAUUUCCAAGCCAGAUUUCCAAGCCAAAGCCAGAUUCUUUUCCAAGCCAGAUUCCAAGCACAAUAUCCAAGCCAGAUUCCCAAGCCAGAUUUCCAAGCCGAUUUCCCAAGCCGAUUCCCAAGCCAGAUUCCCAAGCCCGAUUUCCAAGCCCGAUUCUCAAGCCCGAUUUAUCCAAGCCAGAUUUUCAAUAUCCAAGCCCGAUUCCCAAGUCAGAUUUCCAAGCCCGAUUCCCAAGCCCGAUUCCCAAGACCGAUUUCCAAGCCAAUUCCAAGCCAGACUCCAAGCCCGACUUCAAGCCGAUUCUCGAAGGCUCGAACAACGGGAGAAGUCGAGUGCGAAACAGGCGGAGAUUCGCCUCGUCUCGGCAACAUCCGGGGAUCAAUAAGCCAACAAAAACUCGUCUAAGCCCCCUAGCUCAUGACACACCAUUGGAAGGCCACCGUGACCAAGCCCUCCUAAUGAGCUGGCCGUCUAAAGGGUCUUCAUGGUCAAUUCAUGGCAUUCAGAGCAAGUGGAGGUCUUAG